AUGUAUUGUGAGCGGUACAAAACCGGUGCCAUUUACAACCUGGAAUGCUCAGGAACAGAAGCUGUGCUCAAUCGUUUGUCCGAGAAAGCUUACUUCAACGACUCCUUCGAGUGGCUCGUGUUUGGUGGACAGAAUAUGGAGCUCGCGACCAGCUUGCUGUCGCAGCAGAAUAUCAACUACGACACGAAAAUGUUGCUAGUCUUCGAGAGUGUUGAGCAUGAGAGGCAGAGGGAACAUCGUUACGAAUUUUACGACGUAUCCGCUACGUUGAAGCGUCGAGGAGGGAAGGUAAUUUUUACUUCUCUGGGAUUUUCUACUCCAGACAACAUUCUACCCACCAUCGUGCCACAAAAACCGGACCUAAAAGGGAUUGUCCUCUGGACGGUAGUCUCGACAAUCAACCAACAUCAACCGCAUCCGUUCAUAGAAAAUUUGGAGUCGGAUAACUUAACUAAGUCCUACUUUGCUCACAUCUACACCUACAGACUUGUGAAACUCCUGCAAAUGAUGUUGAAAUUCAAGAUCAAAAUCAUUCUUGCCGCAGACUGGCGGUUCGACGUCAUAGGAAAAAAUUCGUCAAUUGGUGUGGUUGGUCAGCUCCAAAAGAAAAAAGUGGAUUUCUCCAUGACGCCUUUUUCAGUACUAACUGAACGGAUUCCAGUAUGCGAUUUUACGAUUGAAAUCGCAAAAGGAAAGUUCUACACCAUCUUUCGUCACCCUAAAAGCUUGAACAAUAGCAAUAUUUUCCUACUGCCCUUCGUGAAGAUGCUAUGGAUUGCAGUUGCCGUAAUUUUGAUAAGUGUUAUACUCAUUCUGGCGUUAUCAGCUACUUGCAAUCAUCGGCUUGAGAGGACUUCGUACAAUGAUCUCAUCAUCGACCAGUCACUUUUGGGAACAAUCGCAAUGCUUUGCCAGCAAGGGUUUCAUGGAUCCACGACAGUUUGUUCGAAAAAAGUCUUGAUCAUCGUAAUGAUGGGCUUCUCGUUUCUGCUGGUUCAGUUCUACUCCACUUUUAUCGUGGGCUAUCAACUGAUCUCUCCACCGAAGACGAUCAACACGCUGGAGAAGCUGGUUGACAGCAGUGUAAAGAUGGCAGUGGAAAAUUAUAGCUUUCAGCAUGACUUUUUCGCAAGAACUGCCAAUCCGGCAGCGUUGAAGCUGUACAACGAGAAAAUUGCACCCAAUAAGUACGGCUUCGUCAAUUUAACCUUUGGAAUUCAACUGGUCAAAGGUGGAGGAUACGCAUUCCACUGUGAUACAGCUUAUGGCUACAAGCAAGUCCUUGAAAUCUUUACGGAGCAACAAAUUUGCGAGUUACAAGAGGUAGAACUGUAUCCACAACGUCCUGUUCAUGUCCCUAUGGUAAAAGGAAGCCCUCUGAGAGAAUUGUUUAAAUUAAAACUACAGCUGUUAAAGGAGUAUGGUAUAAUUGCGUACCAUUUCACGAAAACUUUUUCAUCAAAGCCAAAGUGCAUCAAGAACAGCAACAAAGUAGAUGCCAUUCAUCUUACCGAUGCGCGUUUCGCCUUCAUCUUGUUGGGCACAGGAAUUGCAGCAAGUAUCGUCAUUCUGGCGUUGGAGUUGGUCUAUGUUCGUCUUCGACGCUGGUAUUACUUUAGAAGUUUGGUUAUUCCUGAUAAUUUUGUGUGGCUAGACUGA